UUUGCAUAGCAGCCAAUCUCCUUUACGUAUAUCCUGGUUAUUGGUUGGCAGGAGGAAAAACAGCAAGCAACACAGUCAAUUGUAUUUAUUGAGUUGGAUCAAGAAGGGCAUUUCGUCAUGAAGGAACAGGAUACGGAAGAGUCGGUGGUGCAGGUCAGUGAAGCGGCACCAGCACCUAGCGUCGGAGAGCUGGAGGGAGGUGCAACAUCAAAUGACGUUACAGAGACCCUUAUCCCUAAACAGCCAGAGACGGAUGAGUCUGGGUCUGGAAGUGCAGUGCCUGAGCCGGCUGUCCUCUCUGUGCCUAGUGCAGCAGAGACCCAUGCUGUCCCUGGGUCCCCUGUACUAGAGCCUGCUAUCGCUCCUGUAACGGAGGUGGUGGCGUCUCAGUGUGACAUGGCUGAGGAGCUGAGCCGUCAGUUGGAGGACAUCCUCAACACAUACUGCCUGGAGGACAAUGGCGAGGACAGGGUUAACUUGCCCAACGGCCAAGUACACUGCCCUGAGCUCAACGGCCUGGCCAGCGAGAAGGAACUGGAAGGCAAGCCGGAGGUCAAAGUGAACGGUGCCGUCGCUUGCGGACAAGAGAAGGAGAAAGGAAAACUUCAGGAGAAGAAGAAAGUGAAAGGCCUGGGUAAAGAGAUCACCCUGCUGAUGCAGACCCUGAACACCCUGCGGACCCCAGAGGAGAAACUGGCUGGUCUCUGUAAGAAAUAUGCUGAACUGCUGGAGGAGCAGCGUAACAGCCAGAAACAGAUGCGUGUCCUUCAGAAGAAGCAGUCUCAGCUGGUGCAGGAGAAGGACCACCUGAGGAACGAGCACAGCAAAGCCAUCCUGGCACGCAGCAAGCUGGAGUCACUGUGCCGUGAGCUGCAGAGACACAACCGCACGCUCAAGGAGGAUGGAAUGCAGCGUGCACGAGUGGAGGAGGAGAAGAGAAAAGAAGUGACAUCACACUUCCAGGUGACUCUGAAUGACAUCCAGUCCCAGAUGGAACAACACAAUGAAAGAAAUGCCAGCCUGAGGCAGGAGAAUUCAGAGCUGGCCGAGAAACUCAAGAAACUAAUUGAACAGUACGAACUCCGAGAGGAGCACAUAGACAAGGUGUUCAAGCACAAGGACCUCCAGCAGCAGUUGGUGGACGCCAAGCUGCACCAGGCCCAGGAGCUGCUCAUAGAGUCAGAAGAUCGGCAUCACAGGGAAAAGGACUUUCUGCUGAAAGAAGCCCUGGAGUCUCAGAGGAUGUGUGAGCUGAUGAAGCAGCAGGAGGUUCAUUUGAAACAACAGUUGUCCUUGUACACUGAGAAGUUUGAGGAGUUCCAGACCACACUAUCUAAGAGCAACGAGGUGUUCACCACCUUCAAACAGGAGAUGGAGAAGAUGACUAAGAAGAUCAAGAAGCUGGAGAAGGAGACAACGAUGUAUCGCUCAAGGUGGGAGAGCAGCAACAAAGCUCUACUGGACAUGGCUGAGGAGAGAACUCUGCGGGACCGUGAGUAUGAGGGCCUCCAGGGGAAGGUGGGGAGGCUGGAGAAGCUCUGCCGCGCCCUGCAGAACGAACGCAACGAACUCAGCAAGAAGGUCCAGGGCCUGAGCGCCGGCGCCGAGGACAACAGCUCCAGCCCUGGGGCCGAAUCGCCGUCCCUUUCCCCUAGAGACUCCCAGGAGCCCAGCCCGGCUCCUGACGCCGCCGCCCCGAGCCCCCACGCGCCCUGCUCCCAUGGUUGCCACUGCAGCCCGGAGGUGACCGCUGACAGCCAGGCCUGCGGCGCUCCCCUCACUGCCCAGGAAUGAGGCCACUAGCCUGGGCAACAUCGCUCGUUUUCCCCCUCGCCCACCCCCCCCAACCAACGUGGGAGUGAAGAGUGGGUUUGUAUGAUUCCUCCUAGUGUAGGAUGACGUUGGACUCUAACUACAGGUCCGGGAUCAGAUUCCUUCCCACCCAUCCAAACUGAAAUCAGUCUGACCCUGUGUCUGCAGUUAGCAGCAGCAUUUCUCCUCUCUGGUUCCUUCUGAUGUGGUGAUGAUGAUGAUGAUGAUGAUGAUGAUGAUUACGGUAGUGUCAGCCGGGGAAGAUUGUGCCUUCUUGAAGGUUGUAAUUCCGCAUUUUUAGGUUUAGUUUUGGUCUUGCUGUUUUUCCCGGUUGCUUUCCAUUCCUUGGGGAACUGCGGUAUCAGUGGGGGGGGGGGUGGUGUUGGAGGUGGACCGUGUGUUGCAGAUCUACCGAAACAAAUGUAUACUUUAUUUGUGCUUCUCACUAUUGGUGUGCCCGCGUACGCCUCAGUCACAUAGAGAAAAGCUGCUGUGUCGGUGCGGUCAUUUCUAGGGCCGGUGUAACCCUGACAGGAUAUAAAUUAAUUUUUUUUGUUAACACACAUUUCCCGUUGAGGUCAAUGUGACCAAUGACCAAUGUCCAAGUUGCUAGUGCACCGCCAGUGAUAUUCAAAUCCUUGAUGCCAGUUCCACAUUUUGUUCCUUGCAACCCCCUGAUCAGGGGUUUGUUUAGACCUGGGACACCAGGCGGGUGCAGUUACUGAGGUAGAACAGAAAGCUGAAGUCCCUGAUUAUGUGGUUGCAAUGUAAAAACGGCGUGGAACUGGCUUCAAGGAUUGGAAUACCGCUGUGGUCUGCCGACUGACCCAGGCAGAGCCGCAUAAUUGGCAUGAAUGGGGAAUGCACGUUCUAUUCGUUUUAUUUCUAUGCCUAAAGCACCACAUUCUGUGUAUGGCGGGUUCACUUGGACUCGUGGCGGGAGAAAGGUUUCAUAUAUCCUUGUUUAUCCUAGAGCCAAUGGCCUCUCGUGCGAUUCAAACUCAGCUGAUGGAUAUGGCUCUUGCAGCAUCAGCAAAUCUAAAUUCUUUCUAUUCACUGAGAAGAAAUCAGAAAGGGACAUACAAACUUGUUUUGUUAUUAAGGAGUACAUACCAAGAAUGAAGGUAAUAGCCCUUGUUCUUCUGCUUUGAUUUUGUUUUGUUUCCUAAUUAUUUUUCUGUUAACGUUGUGCAGACUGUGUACAGCAGGAGGUCAUUGACCGUAUUUAUUGUUUCAUGUAUCAUCUAAGAGUUAUUUUAGCACACGUGUAUUUUGAUAAACAAACACCACUAUAUAGAAAUCUGUCUUUUUAUUUACUUUUGUUUUCGUGAAGCUACUAGUUCACUUCAAUUGACCAGUUUGCCGUUUCUUAUCACUCCCACAGCAUUCAAGCGUACAUUCCUUCCGCUACACAUUCCUCGAUUUCAUUCAGUUCUAUUUGCUCAGAUUGAAAUGCUUUGCUAUUUCUGUCCCUGCUGGCGUUCCUUGCAGUCAUGACCAUUUGUAAGAUGUUAAGAUUCCAUCACUACUGAAGCAGCUUAUGAAAACUGGCACCUGUCCCAACUCAUCCUGUUUUGUUUGUGUGUUGUGUGUUUUGGGGGAGUAUGUAUAAGGUUGUUGCAUCCCAACUCGGAGAGUUUGUUUGGUUAAUCAGGGAGAAAAAAAAAAAUUAAACCGAUAUUUCUAUGCAACCCUGCCUUGCUACCUAGUUCUGUGACAGUAUGAUUGGACGAGCACUUAACUGCGAAUGUAUUGUCUAUUUUGUCUACGUACAGUAGCCUGUUUCAGCUAGAGGGAUCGUAACUUUAGUCAGCUUUUUUUUUGGACAGCUGGCUAACUUAUUGAUCCUGAUUUCCUGUAACCGACCCCAGUACGUACACUUCAUAGGGCCAAUGGUAUGCAUUUCCUGUAAUCCAUUCCCUACCUUAACCACAGGGCUAGACACGCGUCGCCCCGUUUGAUUCAGGAAACAAAACAGCCACGUGUUUAUCCAUAGGCAAUCGGACAACCUAGCAGGUUCUCAUUCUUCCAUGUUUUUAAUAGAUAUGCAGAUCUAUGGGGAUUCAUUCAUUUUAAAUGUUAGAAAUCCCUUUGAAAAGAAUCAAUAUAUGGAGAUAAAUUACGGUUACAAGUUACUGGUAAUUCUUGGAAUUGUUUGGCGUAGAGAUGGUAGUAACUUCAUGUUUGGUGGCAUUUUAACCAGCAACGAUUGUCCUUCCAAAUCCUGAAUCUUGGAGACCUAUUGGGAUGAGGAAUCAUGAACUGUCCAAGUUUCAGAGGUUACAGGAAAUGCCUAUCUUGUCCUUUAAUAGACCAUAAAAAAAAACAUUUAUUUUUUACUUUUCCUUGUGAUGUUGACACUGGAAUGGAAAUGGUUUGGUGUGUUAUUCAUUCACAAAAAUGUCUUGUGUUCUGAAUACUUGUUCAACUCAACUCUUUUUUUUCUUCUGUUGGAUUAAUAGAUUUUAAGAUUAUUGCAGUUGAAAGUUAUGUUAGUCUGUCUGUAGUUUAUGAUGACCUGCUCUGUCUUUCAGUUUUAUUGCAUUGGUUUGAGGAAUGCAAUUACUAAAUUUUACAUUUACUAGUUUAUCAUAAUCAUACAGUUUAUUGUAAUCACAUGACAAACCUCUCAAGACUGACUUCCUUUCCAUGUCUCUUUGGUGCUCAGUGGUAUUAGAGAUUAAUUCAUGUUGAUCAAGAACCAAAGAAUGUUUUUUUUUCUGUAGCUUGUGUACUUCAUUUCUUGCUAAUUAAAAUAUGAACACGUGAUGAGAAUUUGCCCACCCCCAUUUUAAUCGGGAUCCAAAUAAAAAGAACUGUUAAACUUUUCCAAUAA